AUGCAAUUUUCGAGUAAAAAUAAUAAAAGUAAGUUUGUAAUACCUAAGAGUUUAGGACGCGAGCGCAAUUCAGCGGGAAGUUUUCAUCAGGCAGCUGUAUUCGAGGUAGGCGCAAUGGUACUACAAAAUAUGUUCAGCGCUUUAUCAUUCCUUCACUAUCGUAAAGAUGACGAUUUCAUUGAUCGCUUAUCAUAUUUUUAUACUUCUUCAUUUCUUAUCAUGAUGGCUGUUCUAGUCAGUUUCAAGCAAUUUGGUGGUCGACCGCUGGAAUGCUGGGUACCUGCGCAAUUCACGAGUUCUUGGGAAGCAUACACAGAAAUGUAUUGUUGGGCACAAAAUACUUAUUGGGUACCCAUAGAACAGGUGAUAUCUAAUUUUAUCAAAGUUGAUAUCCCAAUGGAUAUUGCAGAGCGAGAAUAUCGACAGAUAUCUUAUUAUCAGUGGGUGCCAUUUUUCCUUUUAAUUCAAGCCUUCCUUUAUUACAUUCCAUGUCUUGUUUGGCGUCUAAUGAGUGACAAGUCCGGCAUUCGGUUAAAUGAUAUUGUUCAAAUGGCUACUGAAAAAGAAAAUAUUGAACCAGACUAUCGGAUAAAAACUAUUGAAUCAUUAUCUCGUCAUAUCGAAUCCGCUCUCAGGUACCAGCAGGCGGCUACAUCACGUUCCCAGUACACGUUUCAUCGAUUUUUAAAAUGUUUCAACAUGCGCUAUUAUGAAAGUUAUGUAACAGGCCUUUAUCUGGCUACCAAAGUGAUGUAUGUAAGUAAUAUAUUAACGAAUUUGAUAUUGGUCAAUAAAUUUUUGGAAACUGACGAAUAUUCUAUUUAUGGUCUUGGCGUAUUACGUGAUCUUUUAUUCGGCAGGUCUUGGAUGGAAUCCGGAAACUUUCCACGGGUUACUUUGUGCGAUUUUGAAGUACGUGUUCUCGGUAAUAAUCAGCGUCAUUCCGUUCAGUGUGUGCUUGUUAUCAAUAUAUUCAACGAAAAGAUAUUUAUAUUAAUUUGGCUUUGGUUUUCAAUGUUAUUCGUUGCUGCCACGCUUGAUGCCGUGUACUGGUUCAGCAUUUCUCUCUUCCAUCGGGAUCGUUUUCACUUUGUUCUAAAGCAUUUAGAGCUGACAGUAAAUCCUGAGAGACAUGAAUUAUUCCGAAAAGAUAAACGGAAACAAGUAGAACACUUCCUUAAGACAUACCUCAAGGUCGAUGGUGUAUUAGUAUUACGAAUGAUAGGUCUUCAUGCUGGAGUAAUGUUCUGUACUGAAAUAACAGAUGCUCUUUGGAAACGGUAUUUAUCACAGCAUCCAGAAAACCUCAUUGAUGAAGACUCUUCCCUUAUUAAUUUCGCUCGGUAUAUUUUAUUACAUUAUAAUCUUAAAUUUGAAUACUUGGAUAUCCUGGAAUAUUUCAGAAAACAAUCUAUUCAUCGUAAACAGCAAAAUGAAGAUAACAAUGAUGGCAGUAGACAAAGAAGGAAUCAUCAGCCACAUUCGUUUUCCCAUCACAGAAUCUCCAAAUUGUUUUCUAGUCGAAUGCGAACAACCACUCAAGUUAAUCGUGCUGAAUGUACCAACCUAUCAUCACUAUUAACGGAACGUCAAAGGUCUCAAGUUCAAAUUCGACUUCCAAAUCGGACUUUCUCAAGAAUACAAACAGCAGAACAACAAGCUAUUCAAGAUGAUGAUGACGAUGAUGAAAGUUUACAAUGUAACGAAUCACCAACACCUCUAAUUGCAUGA